UUUCGCGGUCACAUUGGUCACUAGUCGCUAUGCAAAAAACGCCGCAAGUGAAGCUGUUGGCCUGGCUGCUCCUGCUGCCGGUGUUCUGCUUGGUGCAGCCGGCGAAUGGCUACGACAAGGAGAUGACCGUCUAUGUGGAUGCGCGCAAGACGGAGUGCCUGUACCAUAGCGUCAAGCAGGGCGAGACGAUUGACUUCGAGUACCAGGUGAUCGAUGGCGGGCACGGGGAUCUGGACAUCAGCUUCACCCUGCUCGAUCCCAUUGGCCUGGUGAUAGUCAGCGACUUCAAGAAGCCGGAGAACAUGCACCGCCACGACGUGGAGAAGGAGGGCGACUAUCGUUUCUGCUUCGACAACAGCUUCAGCAUGAUCAACCGCAAGACGGUCUUCUUCGAGCUGAUUGUGGAGCGAGAGGGCGAUCAGCAUCAUGGGGAUACGCAGUGGAACGAGGAUCUGGCCGAUCUCACGCCCGACGAGUACUACGACAUGAAGGUGCAGGACAUCAUGGACUUUAUCGGUCGCAUUCGCCUGCAGCUGAACAAGGCCCGCCAGCUGCAGGACAUGCUGCGCUCGCACGAGGCCCGCGACCGCAAUCUGGCGGAGACGAACUUCCAGAAGGUCAACCACUGGUCCAUGCUGCAGAUCAGCGCCAUGAUUGGCGUCGGCCUCAUACAGGUCUUCAUGCUGCGCAGCAUCUUUGAGACGCACGGCCGCAUGCAUCAUCUGUGGCGCAAGCUGGGCAUUUGAUGCAGCUUCGACGAGACAGCAAUACGGUGAAGAGUUUACCAAAGAUGUGCGAGAGCUCCAGCUCCAGCUCCAGGUGCAGGUGCAGGUCCAACAGCAUUUCCAACUUCAAUUUGGACAUUUUCAAUGCCAAUUAGUAUGUAAAGAGCCCCCGCUUGCCAUGCCAUCAUCCUAGGAUAUAGAAACAUACAAACGAACAUAUUUAUUGAACAUUGAAACAAUUUCUCUGUAUAUAAACAUAUAUAUACAGAGUGUACCGACGUGUGUGCUUGCGUGCGUGAGUGUGUGAUUGUGCUGUGCAGGAGGCAUUGUUAAACAAAAGCAAUUUGUAGUUCUAAGAGCAACACUAAGAGGUUA